AGUGGGGCUGGGAGCAGUUGUGGCAAAUGUUCCACCAGUCCACUAAUCUCGAAAGAAAAGGUAAUUCACGCAGCAAGAAAAAGCAUUGUAACUUGUUCAUUGAGUGGAAAUGAAGAAAGAAAAAAGUAUCGGAUACUAAAACGCUACUGUGGACCGUUUCAGAUAAAAUCUUGAGCCUUUUUUUUUUAACUCAUUGGAAACAAAAUAACAGCUACAAAAAGACUGGCGCACACACUGACAAUAAAACCGCAGAUUCCCGUCAAGUGGACUGCUACCAAGAACUGGCACCACGGGAAGCCAGGGGCUAAUUACUUUCGUUAUUCUUCUUUUAUGAUAUUUCAUCUACAUAAUUUCGAAUCAGUGUGAAUUUCUGUAAACUCGAAACUCAGGAAACAAUGAAGACAUAACUCAUCAAGUGUGCCGUCAGCUAGCCUGGCUAGCAUUGUGUGUUGUGGGACUAGCCAGAGCUAGCUACGUGAGCUAGCUUGUGAGCUGGCUAAGCGUGAAGUGUUUUCCAGCAAAGUUUUUGGCGUUAGUUUACACAUCCCAAAAGACUGGAAGAGUGUUUCAGGUUAAAAAAGAAGGGCCGGCUCUCUUCUUAAUUCACCUUCACGCAUUUAAUGGACGCAGAAGUCAGGAACGAGGGUAGGGGUACCGUAUCAUCGGGGACAGGGGUUAAAGACAGCAGAGGCCCUGAGACGACCCAGUUUCCGUUUUAUCCCAAGACGAGUAGAGUGCGGGUUAGUGAUUUGGGCCAGGGACUUGCGCAAAGCUUUCGCCACCCUUCUAACACAUCCCCAGACAGCCUCACCGACAUGAUGAUUUACCCGGUUACCGGAGAAGAUCUGACUGGGCCAGCACUGGCCGCUGCAGGGAGUGGCGGCCACACCAUAUCUCAUGGAGCAAGCUCAGGGACUAGUGGACUGUGCUAUUCCCCCACCUCAGAGGGACCUGAUAGCCGUAUGUCACCCACCUCAGCAGGUUCUGAUGGGCCUUCUGUCUUCCCACCAUUGCCUCCACUGCCUCCACCGCCUCCACCACCACCGGGUUACGGAGCACACGGGAGUGUGGACGAAAGCGAUCAGCAGGAUGGACCGGAAUAUGAGGAAGAAGAGGCUGUUUUCUCACUCUCUGCGCCACCCACUAACCAAUGGUACCAUGGGAAGCUGGACCGGACAAUUGCAGAGGAGCGUCUCCGUCAGGCUAGGACCCCGGGCAGCUACCUAAUCAGGGAGAGUGACCGACGGCCUGGGUCCUUUGUGUUGUCCUUCCUCAGCAUGACCAAUGUGGUCAACCAUUUCAGGAUCAUUGCCAUGUGUGGGGAUUACUACAUAGGUGGGAGGCGUUUCUCAUCACUGUCAGACCUCAUUGGUUAUUACAGCUAUGUGUCUUGCCUACUGAAAGGUGAAAAGCUGCUAUCACCAGUAGCUCCCCCAGAGCCCGUGGAGGACAGGAGACGAGUGAGAGCCAUCCUGCCAUAUACCAAAGUACCAGAGACAGAUGAAAUCAGUUUCCUCAAAGGAGACAUGUUUAUCGUUCACAAUGAACUUGAUGAUGGCUGGAUGUGGGUAACUAAUGUGAGAACGGAGGAGCAGGGCCUUAUAGUGGACGAUCUGGUGGAGGAGGUGGGACGAGAAGAGGAUCCCCAUGAGGGUAAAAUCUGGUACCAUGGGAAAAUCAGUAAACAAGAGGCAUACAAUCUCCUGAUGACGGUGGGCCAGGUGUGUAGCUUCCUGGUGCGUCCAUCGGACAACACACCGGGGGACUACUCGCUCUUCUUCCGCACCAAUGAGAACAUCCAAAGGUUCAAGAUCUGCCCCACCCCCAACAACCAGUACAUGAUGGGAGGGCGAUACUAUAACAGUGUCGAUGAUAUCAUUGAGCAUUACAGAAAAGAGCAGAUUGUAGAAGGAUAUACCCUGAAAGAUCCUGUUUCAGUCCAGCAACAAGAACAAGUACUCUCUGAUUUGGUCGACGGCAGAGAAAUUUAUAACACUAUCCGUCGAAAAACGAAAGAUGCCUUCUACAAAAACAUUGUCAAGAAAGGAUACCUCCUGUUCAACAAAGGCAAAGGAAAGCGCUGGAAGAACCUGUACUUUAUCCUGGAGGGCAACGAUGCCCAACUCAUCUACUUUGAGAGCGAGAAACGUGCCACCAAACCCAAAGGGCUGAUCGACCUCAGUGUGUGCUCCGUGUAUGGAGUGCACGACAGCCUGUUUGGCAGGCCCAACUGUUUCCAGAUUGUGGUUCAGCAUUUUAGUGAGGAACAGUACAUUUUCUACUUUGCUGGGGACAUACCUGAACAGGCCCAAGACUGGAUGAAAUGCCUGCAAACCUUCUGCAGUAACCUACGAAAGCCUGCACAGGCCACCUCUAACAAGCGUCUGCGCCAGGUGAGCAGCCUGGUGCUUUAUGUGGAAGAGGCCCACAAACUUCCCAUAAAGCAUUUCACCAACCCCUACUGCAACAUCUACCUAAACAGUGUGCAGGUAGCCAAGACUCACCCGAGAGAGGGCCAGAAUCCCGUAUUCACAGAGGAGUUCAUCUUUGAUGACUUGUCCAGUGAAAUCAACAGAUUUGAAAUCAGCCUAAGCAACAAAACUAAGAAGAGCAAAGAAAGUGAUAUUUUGUUCAUGCGCUGCCAGCUGAGCCGGCUGCAGAGGGGGCAGAUGAUUGAUGAGUGGUUCCCAUUGAGCUCUCAUGUGCCCCUGAAGGGGAUUGAGCCAGGCUCCCUGCGUGUGCGAGCUCGUUAUUCUAUGGAGAAAAUCAUGCCGGAAGAGGAGUACAAUGAAUUUAAAGAGCUCAUCCUCCAGAGAGACUUCCACGUGAUCUAUGCGCUGGCUCAUGUGUGCGGGCAGGACCGCACCCUGCUGGCCAGCAUCCUGCUCAGGAUAUUCCGGCACGAGCACUCUGAGGCCCCACUCCUGAGGACUCUUAACGACCGCGAGAUCAACAUGGAAGAUGAAGCCACCACUCUGUUCCGCGCCACCACUCUUGCCAGCACGCUGAUGGAGCAGUACAUGAAGGCUACAGCCACACCUUUCGUCCACCAUGCCCUCAAAGACACCAUUCUCAGGAUCAUGGAGAGCAAGCAGUCCUGCGAGUUGAACCCAUCUAAACUGGAGAAGAACGAGGACGUAAAUCUGAACCUGACCCAUCUGCUCACCAUCCUCUCAGAGCUGGUAGAGAAGAUCUUCAUGGCUGCAGAGAUCCUGCCGCCGACCUUGAGAUUUAUAUAUGGAUGCCUGCAGAAAUCCGUACAGCAGAAGUGGCCCACCAACACUACAAUGCGGACCAGAGUCGUGAGUGGUUUUGUAUUUCUACGUCUUAUCUGCCCUGCUAUUCUCAACCCCAGAAUGUUCAACAUCAUCGCUGACCCUCCGUCCCCCACGGCGGGGCGAACACUCACCCUGGUGGCCAAGUCAGUCCAGAACCUGGCCAACCUGGUGGAGUUUGGUGCAAAGGAGCCCUACAUGGAAGGAGUGAAUCCAUUUAUCAAGAACAACAAACAACGAAUGAUCAUGUUUCUGGAUGAGUUGGGGAAUGUCCCUGACCUGCCGGAUGCUAUGGAGCACUUUAGGACCGAUCUGUCCCGAGACCUUGCUGCCCUACAUGAGAUCUGCGCUACUCACUCAGAUGAGCUGCGCACCCUGAGCAACGAGAGAGGAGCACAGCAGCAUGUGCUGAAAAAGCUGCUGGCUAUCACUGAGCUCCUCCAGCAGAAACAGGUGCACUACGCCAUGUCCAACAGCAACAGAGUUUUGUGUUGGAUUUACUUAUCUGUAGGUCAUCUCUUCAGAACAGGACAAGGUAGGUAUUUAAUGGUUUUGGGUAACAAACUAUAUUCCAAGGAAUAGUGUAAAUUAUGAAAUUUCUCUUAACCAACCUGGACUCUUAGUGCCUUUACAAAAUUAUAGGGCAUUAUUAAAGAAGUGCUUAAUUAAGCAAAUUAAAAAUAUUAAUUUUCUGCACAGUGAUUUUGCAGAGCAUGCAGGUUAAAAUUACAACACCUCAUGCCCAGUUAUUAAUCUUCAAAGUUUAUAGUUUUCUUAACCUUGCUUCUUUUUUGCAGACCUGAAUGUACUAUAAUGGCUACCACAAUCCAGGUCCUCUGACAACAGCAGUCGCUGCACAGGAAGGACUUGUCAAAACAUGAGUCAUAAAGCCAUAGACCAGUGACUGUCUGCCAGCUAACACUCUGGAUUUAGAAUGGCUCCAAAUUUUAUGCACUCACAUUUGUUAAAGUGAGGACUCGUAGUUGUUAUAGAAGGCAAGGUAAAGGCCUUCGUCCUUUUUCUGAAUCCAAAUUUCAACUGAGUAUCAAUAUCAGGGUAAAAAUUAGGACCCUUCUUUAUAAGUUGCUGUCUCAGAGAAUAUCAAAGACUGAUGCUUUCUGACGCUGUCCUUGAGCAGUCAAAUCUCUGAGGAGCUACAACUUGGAUUUUUCCCAUCUACAGGACUUGGGAAUUACAACAGUCUGCUGCUGCUUACAGCACCCCAGAGCCAGAACGCGAGCAGUGCUAACCUCGUGACGCAUGCUAAAUCACCACCUCCAUGGUGAGAAAGACCUGUAGCGCUGCAUCAGAGCGAGACGCGCCUGCUGCACCAGCCUUAAACACUCAGAGCUCACUGUGUAGCCUCCUUAUAGUCCAUCAGGGCAUGUCAGGCUAUGGAGUUGGCAAGCGAUCCUAGGGUACAUCCCACCCGCCACCAUCAGCUUUGCUUGAUGAAAUGCUGCACCUCAGCUACUGCAGACAAACUGCCGUCUGUGUGAUGUGGACACAGGUUUCUGAGCACUUCUGGAGGACAGGUGGCCAGGCCGAAGUUAAUCUGCACACGUUUACAUUUGAUAAACCUGACCUGCGACUCGGGAUAGACUCAACAUGGCCCGCACUUUGUUAGAUGGACGCCGUGGUUUAUGUAGCUGUGCUGAAGCUAUUGGGUUGUCAUGAAGUAAUGCAGUGCUGAUGGUCAGUACUGCACACGCUCAGUGCUAACCAGGUCCUUGAAAGUACUUAAUCGACAGUGUAGGACAGUGUUGUAAUGUGUUUGAUUUAUGCAAGAUAUCUGUACACCUUUUGAUUUUACAUCGUGUAACACCUCUCUAUGCUUCCUGCCAUCAUGCUGGUAAAUUUUGUGAAGAGGAAACAUUUCUGUUCACACACAGCUUUUGCCAAUGAGUAACAAUUUUUUAUAUGAUUAACUGUCUAGGUAGUCUAAGAAUUAACAUAAAUUUGCUCUUUUAGGCAUGCACUUACCACCCCAAACAAUAUACCAAAUUAGUGUUUUGUAGCUGCAAGACAAUGCCUGUGAUCAGUGAUCUAACUGACCUGAGAAACAGCAUGUCACUGUAAUAUGAUUCCUAUAAAUUUCUAAAUGCUUAUGUAUUUUUUAUUUUUCUAUCUGAUGGAAGAAAAGGGAAGAAAAAAAAAACAAAAACAUCACUUUUGCAUCUUGGAUACAAAACACAUAUGAACGAUCAGGCUGAAUAAAACUGUUUGUAUUGUAAGACUGUG